AUGAGCAACAUUGACGCGCAUUUCGCCUCUGACUACGACCCUACUUUAGAUGUGCAGUUAGAAGAUGACGAUGAGAUUGCUGGUGGCAAGCCCAGCCGCCGCCCUGUAGCCGGCCUCAUGACCGGAGACGAUGAUUGGGAACUCGCCCUCGAAGCCGUCCGUGACCGAGCCCGUUGGAAGCAAAGAGGCGAGGAGAGACUGCGAGAAGCUGGUUUCGAUGACGCUUUUGUGAAGCAGUGGAAAAGCAACACUACGCCUACUACCGGUGAUUCUGAGGGUAGGUUAGAGGACGUGAAGUGGUCCAAAAAAGGCGAAGGUCGAGAAUGGGAUCGCGGGAAGUAUGUCAACGAGGAUGGGCAUAUUGAUGUUAAGGCUUCUUGGUUGUGA